CUCGCGGGCUGCGGAUCGCGACUGCAGCUCCGGCGCGGGCUGGCGGGGUUCGCUGGGGAUUGCCUCGGGGUAGCCGAGCGCGCCGCACAGUCCGGCCUGAGGGCCUGCCUGAGCGCACCGGCUCGCGCCUGCUCCUCCUCGGCCCGCGCCUGGAGCGCGGGGGGCCGCCGGCGCUGGGCACUCGGCGGCCACCGGGGAUCGGGGCUGAGGGGCUGGUUCCCGCCCCUCUGCCGCCGCCGCCCAGCCGCCUGCCCGGCUUGGCCGCCGCUGCGGCGUCUGGCCCCGGGGUCCGCGCUGCUGGGGGCGCGGGCGGGGUCGGGGGUUGCCGGGCGGCCGCUGCCCGCGCGCCUCGGGUCCGCGUUCCGGGCCCCGGGCGGCCGGCGAGCAUGGAGGAGAAGUACCUGCCGGAGCUGAUGGCGGAGAAGGACUCCCUGGACCCCUCCUUCACGCACGCUCUGCGGCUGGUGAACCAAGAAAUAGAAAAGUUUCAAAAAGGAGAAGGCAAGGACGAAGAAAAGUACAUUGAUGUGGUGAUAAAUAAGAACAUGAAGCUGGGACAGAAAGUGUUAAUUCCUGUAAAACAGUUUCCUAAGUUCAACUUUGUGGGGAAACUUUUGGGUCCACGUGGCAAUUCCCUGAAGCGUUUACAAGAAGAAACUUUGACAAAAAUGUCCAUCCUUGGAAAAGGUUCCAUGAGAGACAAAGCAAAGGAAGAAGAGUUGAGGAAAAGUGGAGAAGCCAAGUACUUCCACCUCAAUGACGAUCUCCAUGUUCUUAUUGAAGUGUUUGCCCCCCCUGCAGAAGCCUAUGCCCGCAUGGGACAUGCCUUGGAAGAGAUCAAAAAGUUCCUCAUCCCUGACUAUAAUGAUGAGAUUAGGCAAGCACAGCUUCAAGAAUUAACAUAUUUAAAUGGUGGUUCAGAAAAUGCAGACGUUCCAGUGGUUCGAGGAAAACCGACCUUGCGUACAAGAGGUGUACCAACCCCAACAAUAACCAGGGGAAGGGGAGGAGUCACAGCCCGGCCAGUUGGAGUUGGUGUCCCUCGGGGGACACCAGCUCCCAGGGGAGUUCUAUCCACCAGAGGUCCAGUGAGUCGGGGAAGAGGACUUCUCACCCCCAGAGCAAGAGGAGCUCCCCCAACUGGGUACAGACCCCCACCGCCACCCCCAACGCAAGAGACCUAUGGAGACUAUGACUAUGAUGAUGGAUAUGGCACUGCUUAUGAUGAACAGAGUUAUGAUUCCUAUGAUAACAGCUAUAGCACCCCAGCCCAAAGUGGUGCUGAUUACUAUGAUUAUGGACACGGACUCAGUGAGGAGACCUACGAUUCCUACGGGCAAGAGGAGUGGACUAACUCCAGACACAAGGCACCUUCAGCCAGAUCCGCAAAGGGCGUCUACAGAGACCAGCCAUAUGGCAGAUACUGAUUGUACUGUCUGAUGUUGUGAAAUAGCCAAUCUCCACCAGUCCUGUAUACUGUUCAAAGUAAUUUUUUUCUAUGAACAAUCCCUUUUUAAAUAAAUCAAAAUGCUUAAAAUCUGAAUGGAUGGAACUUAAACCACUUUGUUGAAACAUCAACCUGGGCAGACAAAAAAAACACAAAAAACAUGUAAAAUUUUGUUAUUUCCAGUCUGUAUAUGAAAAAAUAGGUCAUCCAAAGG